UGGAAUACACCGAGGAGGAGUGACAACUCUUAUCUCAAGCUGGUAAGUCUAUAUGUGUCUAGUAUAUAUUCAGUAUAUCCUUUUGGAUCACCAUAUAUCCCGGUAAUAAUCGCUGGCUACAGACCAUCCCAUCUUGAAAUGAAGCAAGAGGACAACUUGCUGUGGCCGUCAACCUUGUGAUCACCGAAGAGGCUCACCAAUGGUAGUGACAGACAUACCCCCACUCCUGAAACUGGUUACCAGUAAAGUGAACGGCAUAUUCCUCGAAGAUGUUCACCACCAGUAAGUGACAGGCAUACUCCUUGAAGAUGUUCACCACCAGUAAGUGACAAGCAUACUCCUUGAUAACAUACACCCCCAAGAUUGAUAAGCAUUAGUGAUAAGUGGCAGACAUAUCCCCUAAGAUGUGCACCAAUAAUACAUUGACAGGCAUACUCCCAGAUGACCUUCACAAGCUGAGAUACCAGUGUGUUGUCAACAAGGAAGGACAGAAGUUGUUUUACAAGGUGUUUACUUGGUCCUACCUCGGAGGCAAUCUAUCAGUCAAGGAAUAUCUCUCCACCAUUCCCAAUUACACAAACGAUCUAUAUAAAAAACAAUUUAAUGCCCACCAGCGUACAAAAUUGAAUGCUGGGAUUCCAACCAGCAGCUUUGAUAUAAGCCUUCUUUACAAACUUCUCUGUCAUGUGUGUAACCUUCAGAAAGAUAAAGCAUGGAGUUCUGAAGAUCCAGCUGGACCCACCUUGGAAAACCUCAUAUACAAGGUAAAGGAGCACAGGAAUCUGCUGGCUCACGAGGAUCUGCAAAUGAAUGAGCAACAACUGCAGCUUAAACUAAAUGAACUUCAACUGUUAUAUAAGAGGGUAAUCUGUGAGGCUGGAAUUCGUUUCUCUAAACCAGCUUCAGAAACCAAUCGUAUCAUAAUUAAAAUUAAUAACAACAUUAACGGAUUCUGUAAGAAGAUCCGGGAACCCUUUGGACCAAAUGAUAUCGCUCUCUAUCAACAGGAGGUCAAAGAAUUUCGAGAACAAUUGGAAUCCAUCAUAAAGCAAGCAGCACGGGAGGAGGUUGAGCAAUUAUAUGCCGACACCUGCAAUGUACACCUUGUACCAUGGCUACUGGUGGACUAUCAAAUCAAGCCGAUACAGAUCUUCACCAGAUUUGUCAUAAAUGAGGAUGCCACUUCUCACAGCUUUGCAGAAGAGGAACAAUCAAGAGAGAUUUCUGUUAAUAACAUUUUGGAGGUCAAACGUGAUCAUAAGUUGCCUGAAGUGCUUAUUUUAACCGGGGAAGGAGGGAUGGGGAAAACAACUUUCCUAAAAUACCUAACAGAGGUGUGGAUCACAGACCCAGAGAUGAUCCCAGGCCUGGAUAAGGUAGAGCUGCUGUUGUACAUUGAGUGUCGCCACCCUGCAAUUAGAACGUUUGACCAGUUGCUGAAACAUACGCUGCAUGCUACAUCUAGAAAUGUGAAUGUUGAGUUUGAGAUAAUCAGAGAGGCAAUACUUCACAUGCAGUUACUCAUUCUUGUGGAUGGAUUCGACGAGGUCAACGAGGCAUCCGGGAAUUUAAUUCGUGAAGUGCUGAACCUUCCUCGACACACCACAAGAAUUAUCUUCACAACCAGACCAGACAGCACCAACACCCUCACCAAGCUAAUACCACAAUCUAAAAGAAGAGUCAAUUUGGUCAUGAAUGGUAUCACUCCUGACCAUCAUCAACAGUUUGUUGAGAAGCUAUGUUGCAGUUUAAUUAGUGAAGAGAGAUGGUCGCAUAUCAGAGUGCAGCUCAAAGAAACAUUUUCAGUCCUGAAGCAGCAACUUGGAAUGCAUCUCAACAACCCACUAACCCUCACACUUGUAACACUUCUCUUUCUCAAAGACCAAAACACAUUCAACAUGCUCACCACUGCCACUGACCUCUAUGAUGAACUGAGAAAAUUGCUUACUGAAAAACUCACCGAAAGACUAUCCAAAUAUACAUUUGACUCAGAACUGGAAUUCAAAUGUUACCAAUUUCUAGAGUAUAGUGAUGCUCUCGCCUUCCGAGCUAUGAAGCGGCAAGAAUACGAGCUGCAGAGUGAAACGGUUAAGAACUUAAAAGAAAAGUGUAGCAACUUGGGAUUACGUCACACAGAAGUCUUGUCUGCAUAUUUCACGACACGCCGCUCAAGGCAAGGUCUCGUCCCCUGCUUGUAUUACACUUACCAUCACUUGAAGUUGCAAGAAUUCUCAGUAGCAAAACAUCUCCUCAAGGAAAUCACUCAAUGCACUAAUCCUGAAGAAAAUAUCAAGAAUUUCCUCAUAGAAGGUGAAAUGUGGAAGAAAGAGAAAAGGUUCCAAAAUGUCCUGGUACACCUGACAAGCCUUCUCGCUAAGACUUGCCCUGAUACUUUGGCCAGGUAUGCUACAUUUAUUAUAGAUAUGGUGCACCUUGAUACAACCUGUAUUGACUAUGUCUUGGCUCAUGUCACAGAGUCCAAACACAACGAGUGGACUGUCAAAGCUGUUGCAGCAAAGCUCGACAUGCACACCAGUGUUAACAGCUGGUGGCAGAUUGAUGACUACAAUAAUCUUAAGAGCUUGUCUUCAGUACUGGAGUGCACACAAGUCAGUCCAAACAUGGUAAUCCUAAGCAUUAAGUCCAGCAUCAUUCCUCAGGAUCUUGCAUUGGCACUUGACAGUCUGUCCAAGCACAAUACCAAACUGGCACUAGACUUUCCCCAAAACUAUUUUGGGUUAGACAGUUGCCCUGUGGAUGAGGCCAUGUUGAGGCUGUCAAGCUCUGAAGGGCCGUGUCGCCUGGUGGGGUUCCGUGGUCCACUCACACCGGAGGCAUUGGUGAAGAUUCCCGAGUGCGUAGAAGAACUCCGCUUGCUGAUUGAGCCCGAUGGUCUCCAUGCCCUCAACACACGACUUCCCAGUCUCGGCCAGCUCAACAUUCUAGGAGUCAAGUACGAGGACAAAGAUCGCAGAGAUCCAAGCACACUUCCCGUACUCCAAUUUUCCGGCACAGACCUGUGCUUCACCUUCAACCCAAUCAUCACGGACAAUACUCUAGACUUGGACUGGGCUAGUGCAAUAUUUGCCAGACUCUGUGCUGGUAGAGAGAGUGGCAGCUGCACAAGUAUUCUCUUCAGAAAAACCCACCUUACAGAGCAUGGAGGUGAGAAGCUACUUGAAGCUCUUCAUCAAAAAGGAGUUAGAGUGAAGAAGCGCAUGGACAUCAAUUCGUCAUAUAGACUUUCUUCAGAUGGUUAUAAUCGCCUCCAAAAUCUUGCUAAGUCACUUCACCUUAGAGAGUUUUUGUGGCAUCAAAACAAAGAACAAGAGAUGCUCCAGUGACAAGCACCUGCAGAAUCUUACCAUCGCCUAGUCUUUACCUGUUCUUGCCAUUUUGACAAUCAAAAAUGGACAUCGAGUCCAGUCUCCACCUUCACCAUUAUUAACAAUAGCAUGUCUGAUUAAUAGAGGGGGGGAGAACUAGAAAUUUGCCUUUAUGAUGCAAGAUUGGAUAAUGGGGGUUCUUCCACUGUACUUACUGGUUUUACAGAACAAUGAUAAUCGUAUGAAUGACAUUGCUCUAUACAACGGUAAUGGACAGUUAAAUUAUACACGUUAAUAAAUUAUGGUAUCUGAAACUAACAAAUCAAAUUUGUGUUAGUAUCAAAAAGAAAAAUUCAAUUAUAAUGACCAUUGUGGUAAUAUAAAUAGGCACUUUUGUAAUACUACUCUAGUCUGUACAAUUUAUACUUGUCUUGUAUAUACUGUACUUCAACAUUUUUCCCUUUAAAUAUACCAUUUAUUUUGUAA